AUGGCUGUUGCUCUGCUCUUUGUGGGGCACGGUAAGAACGUGCUGAGCAGCAGCACAGGGUUUGGUGAGGCAACACAACCUUCUUCUCCCCUAGAGCUGCGCUGCACGCCGAAGCAGUUCGCCUGCCGGAGCGGGACCAUCCAGUGCAUCCCUUCCAACUGGCAGUGUGAUGGGUGGCCCACCUGCGAGGACGAGAGCGAUGAAGUUGACUGUCCAGGGGACCAGCGAACCUACCAUGGGAAGGAGAGUGUGGACUCCAGGCACGGCCGGGGGAGAGGAGGGGAGACAACCCGCUUCCACACCGUCAACGUGGCGCAGCCUGUCCGAUUUAGCAGAAAGUGCCCAACAGGGUGGCAUCACUAUGAGGGCACAGCCAGCUGUUACAGGGUGUAUCUGAACGGGGAGAACUACUGGGACGCCGUGCAGACAUGUCAGCGGGUGAACGGGUCCCUCGCCACCUUCACGGCAGACCAGGAGCUGCGCUUCAUCCUGGCCCAGGAGUGGGACUUGGAGGAAAAGACAUUCGUGAGGAAGGACCAGCGCAGGUUCUGGGUGGGAUAUCAGUAUGUGAUCACCAAUCGAAAUCACUCCCUAGAAGGUCACUGGGAAGUAGCCUAUAAAGGCUCUUCAGAAGUGUUUUUACCCCCUGACCCCAUCUUUGGUACGGCUAUGUCUGAAAAUGAAAACGUCCUUUGUGCCCAGCUCCAGUGUUUCCAUUUCCCUACCCUUCGGCACCACGGUUUGCACAGCUGGUUCGCUGAAAACUGCUACGAGAAAUCCUCAUUCCUCUGCAAACGGAGCCAGACGUGCGUUGAUAUCAAAGACAACAUUGUCGACGAAGGCUACUAUUUCACCCCCAAAGGCAACGACCCCUGUCUGAGCUGCACGUGUCACAACGGGGAACCUGAAAUGUGCGUGGCUGCUCUGUGCGAGCGGCCCCAGGGCUGUCAGCAGUAUCGCAAGGACCCCAAGGAGUGCUGCAAAUUCACCUGUUUAGACCCAGAUGGCAACAGCUUGUUUGACUCGAUGGCCGGUGGGAUGCGUCUGAUCGUUAGCUGCAUCUCCUCCUUCCUCAUCCUCUCUCUCCUGCUGUUCAUGGUCCACCGGCUGCGCCAGAGGCGGAGAGAGCGCAUAGAGUCCCUGAUUGGAGCCAACUUGCACCAUUUUAACUUGGGCCGCAGGAUGCCUGGCUUUGAUUACGGUCCCGAUGGUUUUGGGACUGGCCUCACGCCGCUGCAUCUUUCGGAUGAUGGGGAAGGUGGGGCAUUUCAUUUCCACGACCCGCCCCCACCCUACACUGCGUACAAGUACCCAGAUAUUCAACACCCUGAUGACCCACCUCCUCCUUACGAGGCUUCUGUCAAUCCCGAUGGCAUCCUUUGUUCCACUCCAGAUGGAGUUCUUUCUCAGACUGUGCAAAGCAGUCCUCCAUCGCUAGGAAACUGUGAUGUAUCCCCGCAGCUUACAGAGGGCUCGCUUCCUCCCUCCGUCGGUCCCUCUCCAGUGGAGCUGGAAGACUCUGCUGACAGCAGCACCUUUCUUGUCCCUCCUGACACUCCGCUAAACGAAAACCCGCCGGCAGAAACUCUCACGGGCAGCCGCCACAGCCACUGUUCUCUCAACACCAUCGUAUAAAGGAGCAAAGAGCUGACUGCCCCUCAGAAAUAGUUUUAGCAGCCGUUUGCACAGACAAACACUAAUCCGUGGUUUGAACUUCAGAAGGAAUCCCCACUUUUGGUUUUUUUUUUUUUGAACACUGCUUUUAUGUUCUAGAUUAGGAUUGUGCCUCUCGUUUUUUGGCUGUCGUUAUUCAUUCACUAAUCGUUUUGUCCUGUACAUAUGGAUUGUUUAACUGCUCUUUUUUUUUUUUUUUUUUUUUUCUUU